UAUUUUAUCUGCCAAAAGAAAAAUAAGGAUUGAAUAGGACAACUUCAAUCGUAAUGAGUUUGAGUGUAAAACUGUUCCGAGGACCAAACAAACUGAGGAGCAAGGGAGAGAGAGAGAGAUACCAUAUCACUCAUGGAUUCAACACUUGCAUGUUCUUUCUUCCAAUUCUUUACACUAGUAGUUACAUUUUCCUUUACGCUACCAACAUCCUCAGCCACUGAAUUCUCAGUCAAGGAAGCAACCGUGCAAGAUCUCCAACUAGCUUUCCAAACAAAACAGUUAACAUCAAGACAGCUUGUUGAGUUCUAUCUCAACCAAAUCAAUAUCCAAAACCCAGUUCUCAAAGGUGUCUUGGAGGUCAAUCCAGAUGCAUUAGCAGAAGCAGAUAAAGCUGAUCAAGAGAGAAGGGAAAAAACACCAAGUUCUCUUUCAAGGUUGCAUGGAAUACCUAUUUUGGUUAAGGAUAACAUUGCAACUAAGGAUAAAUUGAACACUACUGCUGGCUCUUUUGCAUUGCUUGGAUCAGUUGUGCCAAGAGAUGCAGGUGUUGUUACCAAGUUAAGGGAAGCUGGUGCUAUCAUAUUGGGGAAAGCCACUUUGAGUGAGUGGUCACAUUUCAGGACUUUUGGAGCUCCUAAUGGUUGGAGUGCCAGAGGUGGACUAGGAAAGAAUCCAUACACAUUGGGUGAACCCUGUGGAUCAAGUAGUGGAUCAGCAAUAUCAGUAGCUGCAAAUUUGGUGACUCUGUCACUUGGUACUGAAACCGAUGGCUCCAUUUUAUGCCCUUCAAAUAUGAAUUCAGUAGUAGGCAUCAAACCAACAGUUGGUCUCACUAGUAGAGCAGGUGUAGUUCCAGUUAGCCCAAGGCAAGACACAGUUGGGCCAAUUUGCAGGACCGUAUCAGAUGCUGCUUAUGUUCUUGAAACCAUAGCAGCCAUCGACACUUUUAAUAACGCAACAAUUGAAGCAUCGAAGUAUAUCCCAAAAGGCGGCUAUGCUCAAUUUCUAAAGAAAAAUGGACUAAGAGGAAAGAGAUUAGGAGUAGUGAGACACUACUACAAUUUUGGAAAUGACACUUUUAUGCAUGAAACUUUCAAGCUACACCUAAACACGUUAAGGCAAAGAGGUGCAGUUUUGGUUGACAAUUUGAAGAUUGAUAACAUUGAUGAAAUUAUCAGUGGUCAAAGUGAACAGAUUGCUUUGAAGUUUGAAUUCAAAUUAUCCGUGAAUGCAUACCUCAAAGAUUUGGUUGCUUCGCCAGUGAAAAGCUUGGCAGAUGUGAUAGCCUUCAACAAGAAACACCCAAAAUUGGAGAAAAUGGAGUAUGGCCAAGAUGUCAUGGUGCAAGCUGAAAAGACAAAUGGAAUUGGUAAAGCAGAAAAACAAGCAUUAUUAAACAUGACAAGAUGGUCAGAAAAUGGGUUUGAGAAACUGAUGAAAAUAAAUAAACUUGAUGCUGUAGUAACACCUUUUUGGUCCUUUAGUCACAUACUUGCUAUUGGAGGUUAUCCUGGAGUGAGUGUUCCAGCAGGAUAUGAAAAGGGUGUGCCAUUUGGAAUUUGCUUUGGUGGUUUAAAAGGGUCAGAGCCAAAGUUGAUUGAAAUUGCUUAUUCCUUCGAGCAAGCAACUUUGAUCAGAAAGUCACCACCCCUUAGGAGGAAGUUGGAAGUUACAAGUUUUAAGUAGUAAUGCUUUAGAGCUUAAAAACAAACCAAAAGCUGUGAUUUUGACGCAGCGACUUUUUUGUAUGUUUGUAUAAAAUGAAAUAAGAUGUGUUUGAAAUGAAACUGUUUCAAGUUUUUAACUUAA